AUGAACAGACAUAUUGGCAGAAUAGAGUACUAUGAAGACAAAUAUGAGCAGUUAGUGCACACCUCGGUUAAAUUUAAUAUUUCAUUCCUUAAGAAAUUCUGUGUCUCUGAGAUAAAGGAAACUCCUAAUCUUUCGCGACAAGCCCCGCUCUUUCUUGCUCAACAACUCAACAUUCGGGAUGUAAUCAAGUUACUGGGUAAAAUUCAUAUCAUAGAGACGGGGAAAAGACAAUUAAGAUUUGAAAUGACUACACCUAUGUUGCGCAAGUCUAUCACGGUGAAAGGUGUUAGUAAUGUGGAUCACAUUUCCUGCGUACCAUCAGAUCGCGUCUGGAUUAGUGAUUGGUAUAACAAUCUCAUUUUGACAAAUACAGAAGGUGACAAACUACAUCAUCUGACGAAUGUGCUAGGUUCUUAUACAGGAAUACACACGGUGAAUAGAGUUGGUGAACUCAUUUAUACAGACAAGGAGUUUAACAUCAAUGCAUCCACCAAAUAUAUCAGAACUAUGGUUACAUUAAUAAAGAAGACAGAACCAUGGAAAUCGCAGUGUGUAUACUGCUCCCCUGUUAAUGGAGAUUUGCUGGUUGGAAUGUAUAAUUCGGAUACGGAAAAAUGCAAAGUAAACCGUUACAACGACGCAGGACAACACAUACAGACAAUACAAUACAACGAGGAAGGUCAGGAACUCUACAGAUACCCUGUGUUUAUCACAGAAAACCGCAAUGGAGAUAUAGUUGUGUCAGACUCUUUCCAUGCUGUAGUGGUUACAGAUUGUAUGGGAAGACAUCGCUUCUCCAUACAGGAAUCCUCACUAAUGCCGAGUGGAAUCUGUACAGACGCGAUGUCACAUAUCCUGGUGGGUGAUUUGAAAACCUUCUCGGUACAAAUGAUUGACAAGGACGGUCAUAUUCUACCCCCGAUUCUUAAGGUGUAUCAGUUAAUGGAUAGACCACGGUGUUUAAGUUAUGAUCACAAAAGUCACCUUCUUUGGGUUGGAUUAUCAGACAACAAAGUGUGUGCAUACAGAUACUUAGAAAGGCAAAACUAUCUGUAA